UGGCUGCUAUAAAUAUACAAACCCCAAGCUCUCUUCCAGGAAGACUUGUAAAAUUGUAAAUUCACUCUAGGGUUUUAUAUUCCUGUUGGCAUACUGCGGAAUGGAUGCUCUGGACACCGUCGUAGAUCCUCUCAGAGACUUCGCCAAGGACAGCGUUCGCCUCGUCAAGCGCUGCCACAAGCCUGAUCGCAAGGAGUUCACAAAGGUAGCUUUCCGUACGGCGAUCGGGUUCGUAGUGAUGGGAUUCGUAGGGUUCUUCGUUAAGAUGGUCUUUAUUCCGAUCAACAACAUUAUCGUCGGCUCUUCUUAGGGUGAGUGGGAAAUUUCAAGAUCAUUAGAGGAUGUAGACAGACCGGAUCGCUGCAACUUGUAGUCAAAGAGAUGUGCAGACAGAGAUUUCUGUAGGUCAUAUUUUUUAGGUGCAUUUGAUAUUUUUUAAGUUACUCCUGUAAACAAUCGAAUCGAAAUAUUCAAGAUAUUUGAUCAUAAUCGUAGUUGAUAUGAUAUUUGCCUUCUUUCUUGGUGAUCUAUACAAUUUGGAUGUAAUUGUUGGAUUUUGGAACACAUAAUGAAUUCAUGCACUGUAGUUUAGGAGUAA